AUGCAUGCAAUAUAUGGCGCCUUAUUGCGCGUAAUACUUUCUUUACUAAUACCUGUCAUUUCUAACUUACCUAUCUUGUAUUUAUACAAUUUAUCUCUUGGGUUUGAAUUUCAUAAAAUAGAAUUCUUAGAUACUUCCAUAAGAGAUAUCUUAAGUUUAUUGUCACCAAAUUCUCAGAAGUCCAUGAAAACUAUACAAAGUAGCUUUACAUAUAAAUUAAGUGAGAAAAUAUGUUUGGAACAACUUAAAUUAACCAAUUCUAGCUUUAAUAGUAAAUAUAUAGAUAUAUGGAACUAUAUAUUAGAGUUAGAAAAUUUGGGAAAUGAUCAAACAGAUAAAAGUUUUGAGCUAUUAUUGAAGUCCAAAGAGACUACUCCGAUGGAAAUACUCCUGACUCUAAUACAAGCAAUGAAAACCACUAUAGUUCAAAGAGAACAGAUAGAUAGAAUAAAUUCAAGCUCAGAAAUUGGCAGAUUUGUCCCAAUGUUACAUAUUACUAGCAAAUUCCUUGAUAUUAUCCCUUUAACUAAUAUUUUUCUGAGUCUACCAGAAUAUAUGAAAAUAGAAGAAAAUUAUAACAAUGAUAGUAUACUAAACAAAUGUAAUGAAGUUACAAAUGAAAUAUUAUCUUUAGAUAUAACUUCAGAAGGCUAUAUAAAAUAUCUAACUAGAAUCUCACCAGAUAUAAUAACUGCAAAAGAUAUAUAUCAAAAUAUCCCAAUAAAUCUAACAAGUGAAGAAUAUAACAAGAAUUUAUCAAAAGCAAUCAUUAAUAUUUCCCAGAGUAAACUGUUUCUUAAUAUAAGAGAAUGUAGAAUAUUUACUGAAAAUCUUGUCACAAGAUUUAUGUUACGUGGAAACACCAGAUUUUUAUCUUCAUCAAUCUUAAACUAUACAAUUGAGUACAAUAGAGAUUUGGAAUUAAUGACACAUAUAUUUAAAUCUCUAAUAAUCUUAGUGAACAGGGAAUUACAGGGUAAAUUAGUAUUACACACUAUACAAGAUGUUGUAAAAAAUCACUCUUCAAUAACAAAAAAUGGUGACAUAUAUAUUAGUCGCCUUUCAAUAUUCCAAAUAUAUGUUAUAAUAUCAAAGUACUGCAUUAUAGAAUCUAAUACUAGAAGUUUAGACAAAUACUUCUUGAAAAAAUCAAUAUUUUGUAUUAACAGACCAUUAUUCUCAAUUGAAUGUUCUUUACCUUUUUUAGAUGCUAUUUUAUUUAACAUUACAAAGUCUAUGGAGCUUCUUAGAAUUGAUAGCUAUAAAGAAGAAAGUGAUAUUCUAAACUUUACUAAGCAAAGUUGCAAUAACUCAAAAGAAAGAUUAAUAUUUGUUGAUUUCAUUAAUAUUAUUCUUACAUAUACUUGCCAACAAUGGGAAUCUCAAGAUUCACUAUCCUUUUCUUUGCCUUUGGCAUGUAUUAUUGUUAAAUUAAUGGCAAUAACUACUUAUCUACAUCCUAUUAAUAAAAGUUUAGAAAUAUUCAUGAGAAAUUAUCAGAUGACUACAAAUGGAAUACAUAUUAGAUUGAGACAUAUUGAUCCAAUCAUAAGAUGUUCUGCCAUGCAUCUUGGACAAAUGUAUUUUAAUAUAUUAGAUGAUUUAAACCCAAAAGUAAGUAAUGAAAAUCUUACAAUUGAAAAACCUCCAAAAUUUGAAGAACUUGACUAUUUAGACUUGGAUAUUGUCAGUACUCUGGACUUAAUUAAGCAAUCACUUAAACCAGUGAAAAUUAAGGAUUUUCCCUCAGAUAAAGUUAUAAUUAAUUCAAAUGUUCAGCAAAUUAUACAAAAAAAUAAUAUUUUCAACCAUGAGUGCAAAAAUAGAAAUGAAACUAGUGAAUCUGUAGAAAAUUUCAAUAGUUCACAGGAUGAUGAAUUAUUCUGGCAAAAAUAUCCGGAUCUUGAGCCACUGAGUAGUGCUAAUAACGAUGAUAAUACAAAAUUUCCUAAUAAUACUAUUUUUGGGGAAGUACAAAUCAGGAACGUAAAACAAGCUUUAGAAUUUCUAAAUAAGUAUACAAAAGAAACACCUCAAACAGAAUUUAACACUGAAACAGUAGAUAAUAUUAUUAAAGUAUUACCUCAAGUUAUUAAAAGUGAUAAAAGUGAUUAUAACUAUAUAAUUCAACCGUUAAUUAAUAAAUUACUAUCAUUAAAUAUUUCAGAUGGAAACGACAUCGAUAUUAUAGCUGCAUUAUCUACUCUUGUGGAAUCAAAACCCAAUGAGACAUCAACAAGACUUAUUAAAUACUCUUGUAGUUUAGAUAAUGCUAUUUCUAUGGAUAGAAAAGUUAUUAUAAUAAACUCCCUACAAGUUGCUUGCGAAAACUUGGCAAACUCACUAACUGAUACAGUUAAGAAUGUACAUAAACCUAUUAAAUAUCAGAAUAAAGUUACUAAUUUAUUCUCACCUUUAGCUCUACAAUGGUCAUCUAUACUAAUUGGUGAAAUGAUCAAUUUAAUAAAGAUGUCAGAUAGCAAUUAUGAUCGUGUUCCAUCUAUUUAUAUUAUAGCUUUGAUAGAACUCUACAACAAGAUCUUGUCCAAUUUGGGAGCUAAUAAUAUUGACAAGGAUCAAAUCAAUAUAUUCGGAUUGGAGAUUUGUUUUGCUUUUAAUAAUACUCACUAUAUGUGGAAAGAUACAAGCGUUAGGAAAUGUUUAUAUAAUCUUAUAAUACGUAUCUUACUAAUCUCAGCCAACAGUACAGAUUCUGGACUUUUGAGGAAUCUGAAAAAACUAAAGCUUUGGGCAGAAAUGUGUAAAGAUUAUGAGAAUAACUCUGAUUGUUAUACACUACUUGAUAAUAUUUGUUCGUAUAUUCACAAAAUCUAA